UACAAGUCUGUACUCCCAUUCAUGUAGGUUGUAUAGCAGUCUCCGUCGACCGCUAGGACGUGUCACACCCUCGUCAAAACAGACAACUCUGCUCCCUCAGACUAAAAGAAAGGCUUGUGACCCGACACAGUAGUAGCCACCAUGGCAGAAGCUCACCAGGCGGCGGCCUUUCAAUUCACCGUCACCCCUGAUGGCAUCGACCUACAGCUUUGCCACGAGGCUCUACGCCAGAUCUACCUCUCUGGCCUCCACUCCUGGAAGAAAAGGUUCAUUCGCUUCAAGAAUGGAGUAAUGACUGGCGUGUACCCAGGUAGUCCUACUGGGUUCAUAGUAGUGGUCGGGUCGUACAUGUCCUACAAUAAAUAUAACCAGCUGGAUCCAUCUCUUGGGUUGUUUACCAGGGUGGGCCAACACAUACCUAUCAGCCAAUAUAUAUCCACAGACAGCCAGAAGAUAGUUGGAGGAGUCCUGUUGGGCACUGGCCUGUGGGUGACCAUUAUCAUGAUCAUGAGGAAUGUCCUGAAGUGCCUGUUGUCAUGGCACGGCUGGAUGUACGCACGCCAUGGCUCUGUGUCCUGGUCUACUCGUUUGUGGAUGGUAUUAGUGAAGGUCUUCUCUGGCAGGAAGCCAAUGCUCUACAGUUUCCAGAAUUCCUUGCCAAGGUUACCCGUCCCCUCUAUCAAGGACACGUGCAGUAGGCACCUGGAGUCAGUCCGCGCACUGAUGGAUGAUGACGAAUUUGAACAGAUGAAGGAACUGACUAUAGACUUUGAGAAGAACCUAGGACCCAGACUGCAGUGGUACCUCAAACUCAAGUCCUGGUGGACCUCCAACUAUGUCAGUGACUGGUGGGAGGAGUAUAUCUACCUUAGAGGCCGUGGGCCCAUCAUGGUCAACAGCAACUAUUAUGCCAUGGAUUUCCUGUAUGUCCACCCCUCAUCCAUCCAGGCUGCCAGGGCAGGUAAUACCAUUCAUGCUAUCAUGCUCUACAGGAGGAAACUGGACAGAGCCCAGGUCAAACCAAUAUACUUGCUGGCAAACAAGGUUCCUCUGUGUUCGGCUCAAUGGGAGCGGAUGUUUAACACCACCCGCGUCCCUGGUGUGGAGACAGACGUCCUGCAGCACGUGAACGAGAGCAAACACAUAGCUGUGUACCAUAAGGGCCGUUUCUUCAAGGUGUGGAUGUUUUAUGAUGGACGGCUGCUUUUGCCCCGGGAGAUAGAGCAGCAGAUGGAGAGGAUCUUGGCUGACACAUCUGAGCCCAUGCCAGGAGAGGAGAAACUAGCUGCACUUACUGCAGGGGAGAGGACCCCAUGGGCAAAGGGCCGUGAGACCUACUUCAGCCGUGGUAAGAACAAGCAAGCACUGGAUACCAUUGAGAAGGCAGCCUUCUUUGUAACCCUUGAUGACACUGAGCAGCGUUUCGAUGAAGCCCACCCAGUCAAGUCUCUGGACAGUUAUGCCAAGUCCCUUCUCCAUGGAAAGUGCUAUGACAGAUGGUUUGAUAAGUCCUUUAACCUGAUAGUUUUCAAGAAUGGCACCAUGGGACUGAACGCUGAGCAUUCCUGGGCCGAUGCUCCAAUUAUUGGCCAUCUGUGGGAGCAUGUACUUUCAAUGGACCCUUUUAAACUGGGAUACACUGAGAGUGGUCACUGCUGUGGGGAGCCCCACCCCAACCUCCCUGGUCCCCAGAGGCUGCAGUGGGACAUCACUGCUGAGUGCCAGGAGGUCAUUGAGAGCUCUCUGACAGUAGCCAGGGCUCUGGCUGAUGAUGUGGACUCUCACAUUUUCCCCUUCGGCGACUUCGGCAAGGGUCUGAUCAAGAAGUGCCGCACUAGUCCCGAUGCAUUCAUUCAGAUUGCCCUACAGCUGGCCCAUUACAGGGAUAAAAAGAAGUUCUGCCUGACAUACGAAGCCUCCAUGACGCGUUUGUUCCGUGAGGGCCGAACAGAAACAGUUCGCUCCUGUACCGUGGAGACCUGUGACUUUGUCCGUUCCAUGCUCAGAGAUGAAACGAGAGAAGAGCGUUUGAAGUUGCUCAAAUUGGCAGCAGAAAAGCACCAAACCAUGUACCGCCUGGCUAUGACAGGGAAGGGCAUCGAUCGCCACCUUUUCUGUCUUUAUGUUGUUUCCAAAUACCUCGGAGAAGACUCACCCUUCCUCAAAAAGGUCCUUUCUGAGCCAUGGAGGCUAUCCACCAGUCAGACUCCUCUGCAGCAGGUCGAGCUGUUCGACCUGGUCAAAUACCCAGAAUAUGUGUCCUCUGGAGGUGGAUUCGGCCCAGUGGCUGAUGAUGGUUAUGGUGUCUCCUACAUCAUUGUUGGUGAGAACCUCAUCAACUUCCACAUCUCCAGCAAACACUCAAGUCCAGAAACUGACUCCCACCGUUUUGGUGGCAACAUCAGACAGGCCAUGCUGGAUAUACUUGGUCUCUUCCAGCUCGACAACAAAGCCAAGUGAUCAUCCUCGACCUCAUUGGGUGGAAUGAAAAUAAGAAGUUGUUUUUAACAAGACGUGUAUUCUUCCUGAAGCUUGUACAGAAUCAAAUGUUGGGUUUGGGAUUAUUUUAAGUUAAUUGACGUUACAGAAAUAAGGAUGAUUGAGAGGUAUUAGGAAAUACAGCUGUCAUUAUGUUUGUUAGGUGUUUAUGUGUACUGUAUGUAAAGGCAAGGUGAGAUUCUGGUGGUAUUUGGUACAGGUAGUGCAAAGAUUAAAGUGUUUAUUUACUGGACUGUAUGCACCGGUGCCUUAGUGACCCACUAAUGUAAAAAGGACAGAAAGGGAGAAGAAAAAUAGUCACUCCAGUCUGAGAUCAAGUCUAUAUCAACACAAUAAGAGACUUUUCAGUGGAGGGAUUGUUUAAUAGCAUCAUCCAAUAUUUGAAUCAUGUUUUAAGUUGAGAGAUGAUGCAAUAUGUUUUUAGUACUGUACAUUUUGUCCCAAUUUUGAAAAACCUCUUAAUUCCUUUAGGGUUUGUUUUUUUAAAAUUUCUUUCAUCUUCUCAAUUGCAGCACUUGAGUCUCGUAUAACUGGCUAAAAUAGUAAAUUUGAUGUUAAAUAAUGUCAACAAAUUGCAUGUUGCAUAGUGUCCAAUAAUUUCACACUACUCCUUUACUGCAGGUUCUGAUUGUCUUGGCUGAUCAAUUGUAUCCAGUAAUGUGCUGUCUAAUGAAGCCUUUAGAAAACCUAUACACCUAUUAUAGUAAAUCUAAGGUGUUCAUAAUGUCUAAUCACAGGGUCUACAAUGCCUUUCUAACUGAAGUGCACAGCCGGUGUUUUCUCCUUAGCUGCCGUGAUUGUAUGAUCCAGCUGUGCGUGAGUGUGUGUGUGUGUGAGUGUGUCAUUUUCAUACUCAGGUUUUCCUUACAUGGCCUAAUAUUUUAGGUGCUUCUUAGUGCUUAUGUUGGUACAUGUACAACAGCAAAAAGAAGUUAGGAUGCAGUACAAUAUGAGCUUGUGGACAGUAUAACAUUAAUUUUGCUGUUGAAGUGAGGGAUUGGGCCAGAUAAGGUGUGUGUCUGGGGUGGAUCUCACUUGCAGAACGUGUUGAAUUAGAGUGUGUAGCCAACAGUGACUUGCUUUUCUGUUUGUUGUGUUUAAAAAAAAAAAAAAAAAGUUGUUAACUUUACUCUGUUGUGCACUCCAUGACUGACCUUCAAACUAACUAAUUCCUACUAUCUUGGUCGCCUUUUCUCUGAUCACAAUGAAUUGUAAAGUUUUAUGAGCAAACUUUCAAGAUGUCAAAUAUCAGUUACAGCAUAGUUGUUUUGCAGCUAUUGUUGCCUAGUUAAGAUGAGAUGCAGAAUCACUUUUUGAGUUGUUGUAUCCCUCCAGUACAAUAGGAAGUGUUUCGGAAUGCAUUUCUGUUAUUAUGUAUAUGUUGUCAGUACAUCAUAUUUAUUUUUUUUUCAUGUUUUAACCUCUUUAAAAACACAACUGUUGGACGCAUGCAUUUACCAACUGAAUGCAGCAAAGGAUAAGCAUCACAGCUUUGCAGAUUUAAGAAGUGAAAUGGACAAACUGCUUCUUUUUUCCGUUUGACAGUUCUGUUAUCACAGACUUUGCCAGUAUGUUGUAGUUGUGUGACCUUUUAUCUCGAUAGACCUCAUGUUUACACUGCUGCAUGUUUUUGAAGAUGAUGCUGUAUAUGUUUUCCUUUUAAUUUAAAAAAGUGUAAAAAGACAUGCAGCUGAUAUACCAAAACAAGUUUUAUCAAUAAAGUGAAUGUCAGACAGCUGUAUCACCUCUGAGAGUGUCAUCUUUUACUUUGCAUCCUGUUGUAAUAGUGUCAUCAUUUGGAGAGAAGAAGCACUGUAUUCACCCUUGAAACUAAACAAGACGAAAACUGUACACACCAAACAACCAAG